GAGGGCUGAGAGUUGCGGGCCGGCUUAGGCUGCCGCCCAGAGCUGAAAAAACAGGCCCACAGGCUUCAAUCUCCUAAGCAGGCAACCUAGCCUUGGCUUCCCAGCCCCAAAAGCUGAAUCUGUGAAACCCCAUGACCUGUGUCACCUCUGCAUCGCGGGGUGGCGGGACGGGAUUCAUUGGGACAGCCCUAACACAGCUACUGAAAACCAAGGGCCACGAAGUUAAGUUGGUCUCCAGACAGCCUGGCCCGGAUCGAAUUACGUGGACUGAGCUCAGCGGGUCGGGGCUGCCUCACUGUGAUGUUGUCAUCAACCUGGCUGGAGAGAACAUCCUCAAUCCUCUGCGAAGAUGGAACACAACCUUCAAAAAGGAGGUUCUUGCCAGCCGCCUGGAUACCACCCACUUGCUAGCUAAAGCCAUCACGGAAGCCGCACAACCACCUCAGGCCUGGAUACUAGUCACAGGUGUAGCUUACUACCGGCCAAGCCUGACUGAGGAGUAUGAUGAAGACAGCCCAGGAGGGGAUUUUGACUUUUUCUCCAACCUGGUAACCAAAUGGGAAGCAGCAGCCAGGCUUCCUGGAGAGUCUACACGCCAGGUCGUGGUACGUUCAGGGGUUGUGCUGGGCCGAGGGGGCGGUGCCAUCAGCCACAUGCUUCUGCCCUUCCGCCUGGGCCUAGGAGGCCCCAUUGGUUCAGGUCACCAGUUCUUCCCCUGGAUACACAUUAGUGACCUGACAGGAAUUCUGAAUCAUGCCCUUGAGGCAAACCACGUCCAAGGAGUCCUGAAUGGAGUAGCUCCAGCAUCUACAACUACCAAUGCCGAUUUUGCCCAGGCCUUGGGUGCUGCCCUGGGCCGCCCAGCCUUCAUACCUGUCCCCAGCACUGUGGUACAAGCAAUCUUUGGACGAGAGCGUGCCAUCAUGCUGUUGGAAGGCCAGAAAGUGGUCCCCCGGAGGACACUGGCCACGGGCUACCAGUAUUCCUUCCCAGAGUUAGGAGCUGCCUUAAAGGAUGUUGUAACCUAAGUAGAGAAGGGAGCCCCAAGGCAGGAGGUGGGGCCUGUUCCUGCCUUCUGAGAAGUGAGUCAGGUGAUUGCUGUACUUGACUGAGAUCAGAAGCCAUCUGGCUCUUAGACUCUCUCUCUCUCCCCUUUCUUCCCAUGUUCUGUUGAUCCACCUCUCUCCAAGAAACUCCAGUCUCAAGGAUCUAAUCUCAUUCUAACCUUAACCUCCUCAACUUCUUGUGGCUUCUGUGUCACAUUGUUGCCCUGGUUCUCCUACAUGCUAUGUAGACAAAGUUCUACAGUUGUGGCAAUAAAGGUAGACUGUGUCCGUAGA